GUUUACUUCACUCGCCUCGCGCAACCUCCACUUAGCAACAGCACCACAAACCAGGACAACCCACAGCGCUCGUCCCUGCGAGAGCGAUGGACGGAACGGCAGACAAGCGCUGCUCGCACUGCGGCAAGACAGCAAGUCUGAAGUGCGGUCACUGCAAAGCCUCUUGGUACUGCGACGUCAGCUGCCAGAAGGCUCACUGGAGCGAGCAUAAGCCUGCAUGCAAGGAAGCCGACUUAGACCGCACAAUCCAUCGAGCUGGCCAGCUACUCCAAGACGUCUUUUUCCUCUUCCGGGAGCAGCUGUUCGACGAGUCGAUCGAGAGCAUCGAGGACACCGGCGACACCCUCUUCCUUCGUGAUCGCCCGCGUAAGCCCGGGACCCUCAUUCCCUUCCCCCACCAUCUGGUCCGCGACGAGAAGGAGAAGAAAAUGGUGCUGAGCACCUUAGUGUGCCACGAGCCCAUCGGAUACUUCCAUGAUCUGUUCAUCCAGAUGCUGAAGGGCACUCGCACUCGUAUCGAGGAAGUUACCGUGAAGGUCAAGAAGCCAGCCAAGAGGACGCGCGCUAUUCCGGUUCGCGGCGAGCUUCGGGGUGACUGGAGGACGCACGGCGUAAUCCGAGUUAUUACCUUGGAUGCCUCUAGGAGCUGGAUUAUCGAUCCUGCAGGCGCGCAGUACAGCAUGUUCGCAGCCUGUUUGGACGAGCAAACGUACCAAGAUCGCUACGUGGAGAAAGUGUUCUGCGCGAUGAAACCAGGCACUGACAAGCUGCUAUACCAGGGGUUCGCUGAAUUGAAAGGCAAUUGUGCGAUUGUGGCGCGCAUUGAGUGGGAUGGAGUGAAGGCGGUCGAGGACGCUGUGCAGAAGUGGGAGAGGAACUCUGGGCUUCGAUUGCCGGAACUGCUCCGCCAACCGGAAGGGACGUUUGAGCGACACCGAGAAGAGGUGCUGGAGGCAAUUCAGAGUGCGCUCGUGCGGUUCGCAGCCCAGGCAGACUACAGCAGGGACAUCUUGGAGACCGAACAGUACGAGCGGGCGCAUCCAUACUUUUCCGACUGGGAGGCGGAGCAGGUGAGAGUGAAACUGUUUAACAGCAGGACUCUGUAUAGGGCUUCUGGAUAGAGGCAUCGACAUGAUGGAGGGGAGGGAACAGAUAGAUACCGCCACAACUCUUCCGUUUAAGCUUGCACAGGCUUCCCUUGAGGCCUUCGGUGGAUAAGAGACAAAGACGCUCGUAAUCGUCUAACCCAGUU